UGAUGAAAUGUCGGUGUAUGAAAGUAAGGCCUUUCCCGUAAGAUCGCAGCAACCAAACCCACGCUUCUGAUUUCAUUUCCUUCAUAUCAUCAUAUCAUAAAAGCUAACAAAUACUAUACAAAUAGCAUAUUCUUCGCAUCACCGGAAUCAUCAUCAUCAUCAUCAUCAUCAUUUAGGGUUUUAUUUCGCGCCUCAUUUUCUUUAAUCAAAUUAUUAUUAUUGAUCUGAUUUCAUUCCGCCGCCGAUUGAAUUCCGGUCGCCGGACCUCUCAGAUCUAUACAUACCUGAGAUCACAUAUAUUUUAGUUUUUUCAAGAUUUAGAGGAAGGAGGGAAGGAAGUGAGGAGAGGCUGGGAAUAGUUUACGGAUAAUGAAACAAGGGAUGAUAGAAUGCAGUGUCUGUCAUUCCAAGCUGGUCAACCCGUCCACAAAAACUGUCUCCAGAGCUUAUGAUCGACACCGGAGCAAGUAUUCCAAAAAACAACGGGCGCUCAAUGUUCUAUUGGUUGUUGGCGAUUGUAUGUUAGUUGGCUUACAGCCAAUUUUGGUAUACAUGUCCAAGGUUGAUGGGAAGUUUAAUUUUAGCCCCAUCAGUGUUAACUUUCUGACGGAAGUUGCAAAAGUUAUCUUUGCACUUGUAAUGCUUCUAAUCCAGGCUAGAAAUCAGAAGGUUGGAGAGAAACCACUACUUUCUGUUUCCACUUUUGUACAGGCAGCACGCAACAAUGUGCUUCUUGCUGUUCCAGCUUUCUUGUAUGCUGUUAAUAACUAUUUAAAGUUCACCAUGCAGCUCUACUUCAAUCCUGCAACAGUGAAGAUGCUUAGCAAUCUGAAGGUCUUGGUAAUUGCAGUUUUGCUGAAGAUAGUGAUGAAGCGCCGAUUUUCGAUUAUUCAGUGGGAGGCUCUGGCUUUGUUACUUAUUGGGAUUAGCAUAAAUCAAAUGCGUUCCUUACCUGAGGGCUCUACUGCAAUGGGUCUUCCAAUUGCAAUGGCUGCAUAUAUCUAUACAUUUAUCUUCGUAACUGUUCCAUCUAUGGCAUCCGUCUUCAAUGAGUAUGCAUUGAAGAGUCAAUUCGAAACAAGCAUAUAUAUGCAGAAUUUAUUUUUGUACGGAUACGGUGCUAUAUUCAACUUUCUUGGGAUCCUUGGAACUGUCAUUAUCAAAGGUCCUGAAAGCUUUGAUAUUUUGCAAGGACAUUCAAAAGCUACAAUGCUUUUAAUUGUAAACAAUGCAGCUCAAGGAAUAUUGUCUUCAUUUUUCUUCAAAUAUGCUGAUACAAUUUUGAAAAAGUACUCGUCAACAGUUGCCACGAUUUUUACAGGCUUUGCAUCUGCAGCUUUGUUUGGUCACACACUGACUAUAAAUUUCAUGUUAGGAAUAUCUAUUGUUUUCAUUUCAAUGCAUCAGUUCUUUUCGCCUCUUGCAAAAGUUAAAGAGGAAGAAAAUGGGGUAUUGGAGUUAGAGCCAGUUCAGAGCGAUCACAGGGACCAAUUCAUUAAUAUUGCAGCAGGGGCGAAUGAGGAGGCUAGUCAUCGUUUAGAAGCUGAUGAAAGACGCCCUCUUCUACCUACUUGAAUUGACCAUAUAGUUUCUUCUUGGAAGUAUUUUUCUGGCUCCAUUUGCGGAGGGUACAUGAAGAAAUAACCCUUCUACCGUAUACGGGAUAUCAUGAUCAUUGUGGAUAUUUAUGGAAAAGUAUACUCCGCUAACAACCAGGCAAAAGACAAUUUUAAAUAUAGAGAAGUGAUUUGGCAGUGUUUUCAGACUUCUUACUAUCAUCAUGUACAUGUUAAGAAGAUACAAACAUCAGCAAUUUAUUUGUAUUGUUUACCUUAGACGGACCAUUCAUCUAUAAGUUCAAAUUCAGUCUGUUGUCGUUACUGAUUCUUGAUUAGCAGUUUUUGUUUGUGUAAAUUUAGGACGAGCUGCAAGAAUUUUUGCUGUGUUUUCACCCGUGUAAUAUGGGCCUCGAGCAUGAAUACGUGUAAACUGAACUUUGUUUUGUAUUCAUUUUUGUUUUACUAUAUAUAUAUGAGAUAUGAGAUGAGAUUUAUUCUUUA